AUGUGUCGCGUCGGGCUUUGGAUGCUGCAUACCAUGUUGCAGUUUACACUUGCUGACUACGGCGGUCUUGCUGAUUCUGCCGUCCGACGGCACGACUCCUACACGCAACAACACUUGCACUACCUCCAAUGGAAAUUCUCUGAGCAUAGCCACCUGUUGCAGCAAAUUGCUAAGGGAGUUCAGCCUCCUGUUCGCGACAUGGCCGACUUUGCGUUCUGGCGGUGUGACUGGAAGCUUUCCCGCAUGAGGACACGGGGAGGAAUCAUCCGGAUCGAGGACUUUUCCUUCACCGCAGGUUGGCUGCUUGGGAGUGGGUGCUGCUUUGAGGAUUCAAAGAGGGAGCCCUUCCUGGCUGAAGCCUCUUGGGCUGGUGGAGGUUGGGACGUCGUCGCGGACGUCGCAAGCACCGUGCAUGCCAGGAUAAUGGGCCGUGUGCGGCCACCACUUCACUUCGAAUCCCCGGCCUCGCCGUUGCAGGUACUGAACCGCCAGCAGCUGCAAGUGCUCCAGGAGCCCAGAGCGCAGCUCACCGAGCAAUCCCGGCGCAGCACCGGGGGCAGCCGCUCCACCCCUGGCCUAGCAGAGGCGAACCUCGAAUCUCGGAUGUUUUUCUUCGACGAUCUCUUCGACUCUGGCGCCACGGAUGAUGACAUCUUUGCGGCGGUGCAGGAGGAGCUGGUUGCAGCCGUCGGCGGGGAGUCUGUUUGCAUCCUCGCCUACGGCGCCACGGGCAGCGGCAAGACCCACACGGUCACGAACUUGGCGCAGCGCGCGGCCCAAGAGCUCGAACGCCAGGCCGUCGCGCUCGCCCAAGGGGGCAUGAAGAUGGAGAUUACUGUGCAGCUCGUGGAGAUCUACAACGACCAACUGAGGGAUCUCCUUGCAGCAGACUCGGGCGGCUCGGCGAAACGUCUCCGACUCUCCGUCUGCAGCUCGGGCAGCGCGCUGCUCGGCGCACGGACUUGUUUGGUCUCGACAGAAACCGGCGGUGGCAUCGCGGCCAUGCUUGGAGAAGUGCUUCGUAUCGGCCAGGCCCACCGCGCCACUUGCAACACUGCGCUGAACGUCCGAUCCUCCCGUUCUCACCUGGUGAUGAUGCUCUUCCUGGCUUGCCGGGACAUGAACGGCUACUUGCGGGAGGCUGGGAAGCUGAGUUUGGUCGAUUUGGCCGGCAGCGAACGUUUGAAGCGCAGCGAGGCAGUUGGUGAGCGGAGACGAGAGGCUCAGCACAUCAAUCGCUCUUUGAGCGCUUUGGCCGACGUGAUCUCCGCCAAGGAGCGGCGCGUCUCCCAUGUGCCGUACCGGAACUCCAAGCUGACCCAACUGCUUCAGGAUGCUCUCGGGGGAGCAGAGCACUGCCGUACUGUGGUUAUUGUGACACUUCCGCCUACGAAAGAGUGCCUCAACGACACGCUGCACUCACUGCAAUUCUCCCAACGCCUCACGGCAGUCGCCCUGCCAACACCCGUUGUUGAGCGAACGAGGCGCCUGUCCCUGCGCUUGGAGGGCCAGGAUAGCAGGGCACAGCUGAUGCAGGAGGUCGCGCGAUGGCGUGCGGAGUUCGAGAAAGCACAGGCACAGAGGGAUGAGCUGAAGACGGCUUUGGAGAUCAAAGACAAAGAGCUCCAGGAGGCUCGGCGUCGUAAUGCAGCUCUCAUGGCAGCGGGUGAUCCUCCGCCAGUCUUAGUGCAGACGAUGAGAGACCUACCAACAGAAAGAGCCCGUGACUCCCGGGCCGUCCCCGACGUCCGGGUCGCCUCUUCGAUGGCCCGGAGGUCCCCAUCGCCCCGAACGGCCUCCCCGCGGGAAGUCCCGCGCCACAUCCCCCCAAGGCCCCUGCAGCCACUGAGAACCUCGAGGUCUGCGGACUACUCCCCGAAACUCCCGGGCCGAUGGAACCCCUUCGGCGCGCCUGACCGGAACCAGAGAAGGGGCCAGAGCCCCACCGCGCAGCGGCCCCGGCGCAACGCCACGACGUCACCGCCGCCAAGGGAGCCUUAG